AUGGGACAGUCUUACUCUGGACAAAACUAUCAUCGCACCAGUGUUCGAGGUGCCUCUGCAGUUAUCGACUUCCGUGGAACUGGAAUCACACUCUUUGGGGGACGAAGGCCUGGUUAUGGACGGUACACGGUCACCGUUGACGGGCAGACUAUCAUUGCCAACGGAAAUGCCGACAGUGCUCAAGACUCGACGAACCAAGUGUUGGCGACUGUCUCUGGGCUCGCACUUGGAAACCAUCGUGCUGUGCUCACCAACCUCGACGAGUCACCGAUAGACAUCGAUUCUGUCACUGUCGUUGACCAGCUUGGUUCCCCAGGAUCUCAAAUCCGCGUGCAAAACCAUGAUGACGCAUCUCCUGUCUUCACCUACCUGCCAUCUACCGCCAGUUGGAACAUUAAUCGGCGCGAUGCUUUCCAAGGCGGAACACUGCACUACAGUCAAGAGCCAGACGCCGCCGUGACCAUGAGCUUUGCAGGCGAGGCUGUUGCCCUUUAUGGCACGAUGUCUCCGGACCGCACGAACAUGAAGAUUACCAUCGACGGACAAGAAACCAUCCUCACGGGUGGAUCGAAUGGUCAUGCAUCGCGUCUUCAUACCAAAGUGCUUUUGUAUUUCCGCAGUGGACUUAGUCCCGGCCAACAUACCUUUACUUUGGCUGCCGAAAACCCCACCCGGGAGGCACCUUUCCUUGAUAUAGAUGCUGUUGCUGUGCUGUCAACCGCGUCUUCGAGUGAUGGUCCAAGGCCAAGUCAAGUCGUCCCCGGUACGCUCUCACCGACCAACACCUUGGGCUCGGCCACGACGGGGUCACAAAGCUCCUCUGGUCUUUCUAAGGGUGCCAUCAUUGGCAUUUCGAUAGGUGGUGCUAUAGCGCUUAUUCUCUGCAUAGCCUUCUGCGCCUUUGCUUUCUUCUGGCGGCGAAGGCGGAGAGAGAAAGGCAGAACAGGAAUCUUCAUACCGCCCUCCCCCGUCUCCCCCGAUUUGCCUAUGCAGCAGGAUCCGAAAAAGAUUGACCGGGCCAUGAUCUCUGGGCCACUUGAAAACUCUGUGUUCGUCUUCCCGCCGCCGCCUCCGCCUCCUGUGGCCAAGCCCAGCCCUCCGGUUGACAACGCUCGACAUUCGAUCGCGCCCAGUUAUUACGGAAGUCCCAUAAGUGGCCAAUCUUCGAUUUCCAGUCCAACGUCUUCUCUUAGCAGCAUUCCAAUGCUCUCUCCAAUGCCGCGGUUUGGAUCUCCCAGUAUUCCCAACACAGGGUACUCGUCGUAUGGCUAUGGACUGAGUCCCAUGGCCCCGACCGUCCGUUUCCAGUCACCGGCCCCGAGUUUGCGGUCUGCUUCGUCGAAUAGCCCUUUGCUACGCUCACCAGCUCGUACUCCUGCUAUCCCGCCAAACUGGGGCCUUCCUAGUAGCCCUGCGCCUUCUCAAGUGUCCAGGCCCAAUGAUUACUUUGUGGCAUCAUCAGACCGCUUGGCCAAUCGCUCUACUCCACGACCUUUUUAG